GAAAAGAAAAAGGAAAUAAAUAGAGUACUCAAAAAAAUAAAAACAAAAACAAAAAUGAAAAAAAGAGUACCCGGUAGCCUUAAGUCAAUUGGCGGCUGAAUUUCAGACUUAGGCCUCCAAUCAAAUGGGGCAUGUAUUUUCUUGAGAUAAAACGCUGCAGAGAACAUAAACAGAGCAAAGUUGCAGGGGAGAGAAGACUGAUGAACGCCACCACACCUACAAAAAUAGCCCAAACUCUCCCUUACUUCACCUCUCUAUUUCACCCUUCUCGAGGUGCUCUUUGAUAUUAACACUCAUCGGGUGGAAAAUAUUGGAUUUUUGAACUUGUGGACAAGAAGUAGGAGGGGUUUUAGUAUGAAGAAAAUAGCUUGGAGUUUGGAGAAAAGUGAUGGCAAUGUGGAGACUAAGGUAGUUUUUGUGAGUCCUGCAACAGAAGAUUAUGCCGAAGAGGCAAUUGAAGCUAUCAAAGCUGGGAAAAUUUUAGAUGUGCCCACUAAUACAUUAUAUGGUUUUGCUUGUGAUGCUUGCUCUCUAGAGGUAGUGAAUAGUAUUUAUGAGAUCAAAGGACGUAAGCAUACAAGUCCUCUGGCUAUUUGUGUUGGUGAUGUUUAUGAUAUACAACGUUACGCUGUAACAGAUCAUCUACCUCAUGGCUUGCUAGACUGCCUGCUUCCUAGACCUGUAAUUGUGGUCUUAAGGCGAUGUGACUCAAACAUCCUUGAGAAGUCAUUAAACCCUGGAUUAGAGACCAUAGGGGUUCAAGUGCCUGACUAUAAGUUCAUCAGGGCAGUUGCCCGUGGUUCUAGAAGUUCCCUUGAAAUUACUAGUGCAAACCUCAGCGGACAACCGAGUAGCAUAAACAUCAAAGAUUUUGAGAACCUUUGGGAUCAUUGUGCAUAUAUCUAUGAUGGAGGAAUUCUUCCAGCUGGGCGAGCAGGAUCAAUAGUGGUGGAUCUUACCAAAUUGGGAAAGUACAAGAUUCUAAGUCCUGGGAGUGCCAAGGAAGAGACGGUUGCUAUCUUUGAAAGACACUCCCUACUGGAAGAUGGGACUGUAGAUUAG